UAUAAUACUUAGUAGAGAUAUCUGCACAACAUAAAAACCUCAUGGAAACCAUUCUAUUUUCUCAACUUUUAUGGAUUUUCAGAAAAUACACAAUAAGCAAUUAAAAGUUUACCUUUUAUCAAUGUAUUUGCAAAAAUAUUUAUCAGAUCCAACACUUUUGAAGUUGAAAUAUUUUUCAUGCAUACUUCUAGAAAGAUUAGUUUUAUUGAUAAAACUAAAAAAAAACAUUAGCCACUAAUUAAGUAAUACAAAUCUGAAAGAAAGAGGGAAUGAAUAAGUUAGGAAAUCAAAAUUUAAAAUGAUUUGAGUUUAAACCUGAUUUUUUAUACUGUAAUAAUAUUUUGAGUAAUAUAACAUGUGUGUGUUUUAUUAUUAUUUUUCAUUUUACAUUAUAAUCAUUUAAACUUCAUUAUAAUAAUUUAUAUUUUUUGCUGUUUCCAAUAUAUAUAAAGUAACUAUUCUAAUAUAAAUAAAUUAAUAUUUUCAAACAGCUAACAAUUUAUAAAAAUAAAUCCGGGCGUAGCCCGGAAAAGUCUCUAGUCCUGUUAAAAAAGGUGUAACCUAGCAGCUUAAAACCCUUUUCAGAAACCCAAAAAAAAAAAAAAAGAGUAUCGGAACACAAAAAAAAAUGCUGCUCCGGUCAAUUCGCACCGUCGAGCACCUCCGCAGAAUCUCCGCUUCUUCGGUUUCCGCGUACCUCACUUCUCCUUCCUUAGUAAGCAGAGCAUUACCGAGGGAGAGUGCUCUGUCUUCUCCUAUCUCUAGAUUCUAUUACUCUAAUCCUCAUCAUCGACACACGACGACUACAUCGUCACCGGUUUCUUCACGGUGGCGUAUCAGCAUAAGACAUAUGUCACGGCGGAGAAAUGCCGCAAAAGGGUCGGCGGCGUAUUCUUCAGCGGUGGAUUUGGCGAUGGACUCGGUGGUGAAGAUAUUCACAGUUUCGACGAGUCCUAGCUACUUCCUUCCUUGGCAGAAUAAGUCCCAGCGAGAAUCCAUGGGCUCUGGAUUCGUAAUAUCUGGAAGAAGGAUUAUAACGAACGCGCACGUGGUGGCUGAUCACUCCUUCGUGCUAGUGAGGAAGCACGGGUCCCCUAUAAAGCACAGAGCUAAAGUUGAGGCUAUCGGACACGAGUGUGAUUUAGCCGUUUUGGUGAUUGAUAGUGAAGUUUUUUGGGAAGGAAUGAACUCUUUGGAGCUGGGAGAUAUACCGCUUCUGAGGGAAGAAGUGUUUGUAGUUGGCUAUCCUCAAGGUGGUGAUAACAUCUCUGUUACGAAAGGUGUUGUGUCUCGUGUUGAACCCACCCAAUAUGUUCACGGUGCCACCCAGCUAAUGGCUAUUCAAAUAGAUGCUGCUAUCAACCCUGGAAACAGCGGUGGCCCAGCAAUCAUGGGAAACAAAGUAGCUGGCGUUGCUUUUCAAAAUCUUGCAGGUGGUGAGAACAUUGGUUAUAUCAUUCCAACACCGGUAAUAAAGCAUUUCAUAAACGGUGUUGAAGAAUCUGGAAAAUACACUGGUUUCUGCUCAAUGGGUGUAUCAUGCCAGCCUAUGGAGAAUGCUCAGAUCCGUAGCAUCUAUCAGAUGAGUUCUGAAAUGACAGGGGUUCUUAUAAGCAAGAUUAACCCUCUCUCCGAUGCUCAUAAAAUUCUGAACAAGGAAGAUGUUAUUCUCGCAUUUGAUGGUGUUCCCAUUGGAAAUGAUGGCACUGUUCCUCUCCGGAAGAAGGAGCGGAUCACUUUUGAUCAUAUGGUAUCUAUGAAGAAACCAAAUGAGACAGCUCUGGUUAAAGUCUUGAGGGAAGGAAAAGAACAUGAGUUUUGUAUCACUCUCAGACCUCUACAACCGCUGGUUCCAGUGCAUCAGUUCGACCAGCUUCCAAGUUAUUAUAUAUUUGCGGGCUUUGUAUUCGUGCCUCUCACUCAGCCAUACCUACACGAAUACGGAGAAGAUUGGUACAACACUUGUCCCCGCAGAUUGUGCGAGCGUGCAUUAAGAGAUCUACCUGAAAAAUCUAAUCAACAACUUGUCAUUAUCUCUCAGGUGUUAAUGGAUGAUAUCAACACAGGAUUUGAGCGUCUUGCAGAGCUGCAAGUGAAGAAAGUGAAUGGAGUGGAAGUGGAUAAUCUGAGACAUUUAUGCCAGCUCAUAGAGAACUGUGACACAGAAAAUCUGAAAUUGGAUUUAGACGAUGGGAGAGUACUCGCCUUGAAGUACCAAGACGCAAGAUUAGCCACUUCUCUGAUUUUGAAACGGCACAGAAUAGCGUCUGCCAUGUCCAGCGAUCUGCUUAUUGAACAAAAUAAUCUAGCAACUGAGUUGGCUGCUUCUUGUUCUACUGCGGUUGUUUGAGCCAAAACUCCAAUCGCAUGUUGUAUGUACACUUUCACAUUCAUUCAUAUUUUCAGAACCACUGUGUUGUAAUAAUGUUCGUGAACAUUUUAGGAUUUUUUAAAUCGGAUUUUUUCCUUUUA